AUGAACAGCACACGGCAUCGAUUGAUACGCGCUCUGAAUAGAUUAGCAUCCACGUCGGCCACAUCGGCAGCCCCGUCGGCACCGGCCGCGGCAGCCGCGAACAGCAACGCAACAACCGUCAGCAAAUCGUCGUCUCCGGCGUCGUCGUCGAAGCAAAGCCGUAAAAUUCCCAGCUCCAGUUAUGCCACAUCGAGCUGUCCCCAUAUGGUGGAAGUUGCAGAAACCAUCAGCACACGGCUGCACGAAGUGCGGCAGAAUGCCCCACCAGCCAUAAAGCUGGAAAAUGCACGACCUUAUUCGGAAGUCCCGGGCCCGAAGCCGUUACCCAUCCUGGGCAAUACGUGGCGCGUCUUCCCGAUCAUUGGCCAGUACAAGAUAUCGGAUGUGGCGAUGAUAUCGUUCCUGCUGUACGAGCACUUCGGACGGAUAGUGCGACUGGGCGGGCUCAUCGGUCGACCCGAUCUGCUGUUUGUUUACGACGCUGACGAAAUCGAAAAGGUGUACCGGAACGAGGGACCCACACCGUUUCGACCGUCGAUGCCCAGCUUGGUCAAGUACAAGAGCGAACUGCGAAAAGACUUCUUCGGUGAUUUACCCGGCGUAGUUGGAGUACAUGGAGAACCCUGGCGCGAGUUCCGUUCCCGUGUGCAGAAGCCAGUGCUGCAGCUUUCUACGGUCCGACGCUAUGUAACCCCUCUGGAGCAGGUCACCGAAGAGUUCAUCGCCCGUUGCAAUCAGCUGUUGGAUGGAAACCAGGAACUGCCCGAUGAUUUUGACAACGAAAUUCACAAAUGGUCGCUGGAAUGUAUCGGCCUGGUCGCACUGGAUACCCGGCUCGGCUGCUUGGAACCAAAUCUGGACCCUAACUCGGAACCACAGCAGAUAAUCAACGCUGCUAAAUAUGCACUGCGAAACGUAGCCACGCUGGAGCUGAAGGCACCCUACUGGAGAUAUUUCCCAACCCCAUUGUGGUCCAAAUAUGUUAAUAAUAUGGAUUACUUUGUGAAGGUUUGCAUGAAAUACAUUAAAAGUGCUACACAACGAAUGAAGCUGAACGAAGGCCGCGCACUGGACGGUGAACCAUCGCUGUUGGAGCGUGUUAUUAAAAGUGAAAAGAACGAGAAACUGGCGGUUGUGAUGGCGCUCGAUUUGAUCCUGGUCGGAAUCGAUACCAUCUCGAUGGCGGUGUGUUCAAUCCUGUACCAACUGGCGACCCGGCCAGCCGAACAGCAGAAGCUGCACGAAGAGCUGAAGCGAAUCAUGCCCGAUCCGAAUACUCCACUGACGAUCGCGUUGCUCGACCAGGCACAUUAUCUUAAAGCAUUUAUUAAGGAAGUUCUGCGAGUCUACAGCACCGUCAUCGGUAAUGGUCGGACCUUGCAGGAGGAUACCGUAAUUUGUGGAUACCGGAUUCCGAAGGGGGUUCAAUGCGUUUUUCCGAAUCUUGUCACCGGUACGAUGGAAGAGUACGUAACCGACGCCCAGAGCUUCAAGCCGGAACGUUGGCUCAAACCCAGCCAGGGUGGAACGGGCGAUAAUUUGCACCCCUUCUCUACCCUACCGUACGGUUACGGGGCUCGUAUGUGCCUGGGCCGCCGCUUUGCCGAUUUGGAAAUGCAAAUUCUGCUGGCUAAGCUGCUGCGAUCCUACAAGCUCGAAUAUCACCACGAUCCGCUGAAGUAUGUCGUCACUUUCAUGUAUGCUCCGGAAGGGGCACUCAAGUUCAAGAUGACUCCACGCGAAUGA